AUGAACGACGGCCAAGAAGCCUUCCGACGACUGGCAAAACAACUUAGAACAGUGGGCGGAAGUGCCAGGGGAGGAGGACCCGGUGGAAAGGGCCUUUUCGCCGGAAGUGGACUUCUCGUUACUCUCCUCGCUGGAGGAUUCGCGUUGAACUCCAGUUUGUUCAAUGUGGACGGUGGUCAUCGUGCUAUCAAGUACAGCAGGCUACACGGUGUGAAGGAUGACAUUUACAGCGAAGGAACUCAUUUCGCAAUUCCUUGGUUUGAAACUCCCAUUGUGUUUGAUGUUCGAGCUAAGCCUCGCAACAUUGCCAGUUUGACUGGAACAAAAGACUUACAAAUGGUUAACAUCACUUGCCGUGUACUAUCAAAACCAAAGAUUGAAGGACUGCCCCAAAUCUACCGCGAACUUGGCAAAGAUUAUGAUGAAAGAGUUCUUCCCUCUAUUGUCAACGAGGUGCUCAAAAGCGUCGUCGCCCAAUUCAAUGCCAGCCAACUUAUUAUCCAACGAGAAAAUGUUUCCCGACUUGUACGAGAUAAUUUGACAGAACGUGCUUCCAAAUUCAACAUCGUAUUGGAUGACGUUUCAAUUACUCAUGUUGCUUUCUCUACCGAGUUCACGCACGCUGUUGAGGCUAAGCAGGUCGCUCAGCAAACGGCUCUUCGUGCCGCAUACCUUGUCGACCAAGCUAUCCAGGAGAAACAGUCAAUCAUUGUCCGUGCUCAGGGUGAAGCUAAGAGUGCUGAGCUUGUCGGAGAAGCUCUCCGUAAAAAUAAGGGUUUCCUUGAACUUCGUCGCCUGGAGGCCGCACGCGACAUUGCCAAUCUCCUUUCACAAUCACAGAAUAAAGUCAUGUUAGACUCGCAAAGUCUUUUGCUUGACGUUGCUGGAAAUGAUGCCCAGGAUUUGUUGAAAGUUACUACAAAGUGA